GGGCCAGGGAGAGGGAGAUGAGGUUCCCAGGGUCUUUCGGAACAAAGCCAGAGGCGUCGAGUGCACCUGGACCGAGGAAGGGGCCCCUCGCCCGCUGCCCACCUCCCCCGCACUGGCGACCGCAGCCCGCCUGGGCGGAGCUGAAUGCCGGCUGGCCUGGACCGAUCUCCGGGGAUCGGUCCCUUUAGACCGGCUUCCCCAGCCUGCACGGCCCCACCUGGACCAGCAGAUCUGCCGACCGGGUCUAAAGACUCGGGAGAAACCCGGGAAAGGCUCACGACUGCGGGCCGAGAGCCGGCGGCGCUUUGUUCGGGCGGCGGGCGGCCUCCGGGUUUCCGGCCCCGCCCCUUCCCCCUCUCGGCCACCCCGGCUCCUGCUCCCGAGCUCCGCGGACCCGGUUUUCUCCGCUUCUCUCUCCUUCCCACCGCCUCAGUCCCCGCUCAGCUCUUUCCCUUUCUGCCAUCUUCACUCUUGCCCCCCCGCCCCCCAUCACCACGACCCCCUGACCGGCCACCACCACGACUUUCACCACCACCGUCACCCCGAGGACUGGCCAACUUUGCCCCGACAAGCGGACUCUUCAGGAGAGUUCCCCCGCGGAAAAGCAGAGCGGCCCAGUCCAGAGAGGCUGGCUGCUUUCGUGGAGAUCAAGACGGACGCCUGA